UCCUUCCAGCCGCUCUAUCCUACAGGGAAUCUAAUGUCCGGAUUCUGAUCUUGGGCUUCAGGCCAGAAAAUAAAAGGUCGGGGAAGGAUCGGUGGGAAAGGGAAAAAAGAGGGAAGUGCCCGUCUGAGUCCUGAUGGAAGAAAGGCGCUGGAAGCCCAGACUCCUGGGGUCCGGGCGGAGGAGGGGGCUGGGCACCAGAUGCCCAUGUCCCUUUUGGAUUCUGGUUCUGUUUCUCCUACCCAGAGGUGCAGAGGCCUGCCCCUAGAUCUUACAUCAGCCACUUUUCACCCUAGGGGUAAGGUGCGUCCAGACCCACCCCUCCUCAGUUUCCCAUGAGCUGGGGUCCUGGAACUGCAGGCUCACUCACCCAACAUGAGGACUUCUCUGAAACCUGAGACCUUCCUGCUGGCCUCUGCCCUGCUCUGCACCCUCCUGGGUCUGGGUGACUACAGUUCCCUGGACAGCGGUCAGUGCCCCGCCCAUGAACGAUCAGGAAGCUGUGAGGUGUGUACAGGCUCCGACUCCUGCGGUGGACAUGUGAGGACUUGCGACGCCGACCGGGACUCAUGCGUGGUCCCGGCGGCUGAGACGUCAGAAGUAAGAGGGCAGGGGCAGACAGAGGGCCACCAGUCAACCAACAGCUACCAAGGAUGCGUAAAGUCCAGCGCCUGCAGCUCAGGCUUCCUCUCCAUCACCACGAGCCCCGAGAAUCACAUGGUGUCCAACAUGUGCUGCUGCCAGAGCGACGGCUGCAACCACGAUGCUGCGCCUGGUAAGCACCAGCUCAGCCCACAUCUGGAGUCCCCCGCGACUGCCGCCUGCCCCUGCCCCAGCCUGCCCCAGGAGCCGGCUGUGAGUGUUCUGUGGUCGGAAACCCCCUUCCCAGGUAUCAAAUUCUCUACUCAAGGCUGUGCUACCGAGAAUGCCAGCCACAUCAAGCCUGGGACCCUUGUGCCCUCAGCCUCCAGUAUCUACACCAUCAGCCAAGCCAUCUGUCUCCCAGGCCCCCAGCCUUCUGGCAACUAAGUGAAGAACAAAGGCACAUGAGGUGUUUGGUCUCUGUUCAUCCUUACCUACAGCCUCCCAUGUGCCUAUAAAUUAAACAGGUUAACAGCAAGCCUGAGUCCUUGAGAGAUAAUGCAUCUCGGGGAGGUGUGAUGCAGAAAAUAGGGGUCUCAAACCUCAGGAGUUGCCUCUUUGGAAGGAAAAGAGGGAAGACCCUACCUUUUACUAAGGGAUUACUUCCUGCCAUACUGUGCUAAGUGCUUUUCAUGCCAUAUACCUCAUUUCAUAAUUGCAACUCUAUGAAGUUGAAAGCAUUACCCCAUCUUACAGAGGAGCAAACUGAGGCAUGGGUUGUGGUGUCACUUGCCUUGGGUCAGAGAGCUAGAGAGGGUCAGAUUCCAGAGUCCAUGAUCACCUCUCCGGGUUGACCUCCCCCUCGGGGCCGCAGCAGUGAAAGCGCUGUAUCCUAACCACUAAACCACCAGGCAACUCCCCCACCUCUCCUUUUUGCCUCAGUUUUCAUGUAUGCAAAAUGUGGAUAUUAAUAGUUACAACCUCACAGGACUGUCUCAAGAGUCAAAUGAAAGAAAACUAAACAAGCCCUAGUACAGUGCCUGGCCCCUUUAAGACAAUGCUGGUUCUGAGGCAAUGAGUCUGGGCAAAUCACUGUAAUAGCUGCCACUUAUUGAGUGGCCAUUAGUUGGCAGGUACUAGACCCCGGCAUCAAUCAGGGCAGACUGGAUUAUGCCACAGAAACAAGUCCCUAAUCUCAGUGGUUGAAAACAAUAAAGUUAUAUU